CCCCUGAUGAGGCAGAGUGCUUUGAUGUUUAUGGACUUGAUGAAGAGCUAUUGGCCAUGGUUCCACAGCCGGUGCUCGCCGUGUUGUUCCUCUACCCCAUAACUCCCAAGAGUGGGGAAGAGAGGAUUCAACAAGAUAGUUCGACAAAGGUUAGCACUUCUACCUCUGUGUCAUUUCAUGAUCCUAUUGUUUUGGAUUGGCAAGAAAAAUUACGAAGAUAUCAAAAACCCAUCUCUUAGUAACAUCAUGAUCCUCUAAAAGAUAAUGUCCUUCCAAAAGGUAAAGAGCACAAAUCUUGCAAAGUAAAAUCAUCAAGACUGAGAAACAGAUUUAAAAGCCUAGAAAGAAGAGGGCUAGGGGAGGGAUUAUGAAUCACUGAUCCAGUGGAAACAACAAGUUUCUGAUUGAUAGAAGAAAUAAGGUUUAGUUAGGGAAUAAUGAGGAGGACUUGUUGUCCUCAGUCCUCAUAGAGUCUCAAUUGUUUACGUCUUCUUGUAAUACCUUUACUGAUUGAUGUAACUCAUUGUAGACUCUAGGGCUUCGUUUGUUACCCAUGUUAGGCAUAGAUAGGCCUCCCUAUCUACCCAUUAUUCUUUGUUUGGUUUCCAUGUUAGCAAUCUUACUGACCCGGUGCAUCCAUCCCAUAACCCGACUCUUCGUGCGAUACGGGCGACGAAAACAGAGUUAACUCUGUCUCUACUGAAACACGCGAUAGGAGCUCAGCAUCGCGGUGAAUAUUUCGCACUUCACCCAAAUUGACUGCAAUACCCUUCAGCUCAGCUCCAUUUACUCCAUCUCCAUCGAAUUUCCGCCACAAUCAACCACCAAUUGCUCAUAAUCGACGUGUUCAGUGAGGAUCAUUGGGUUGCAAGCUAACGUUCUUGGUCUCUCGCUCGCCGUGCUUGCCAUGUCCGACCACGACGAUGUUCAGCAGAUGGAUAGACAGGAGCCAACCGAGGUACUGAUAUUGCUUGAGGAAAUAAUGCGAAACUAUCGGCUAAACAUGCUUCUUGUCAGCAUGUUCAUCACAAUGUUCAGAUCGAACGAACGGAGUAGGAAACGGGGGGGGAGAGUUACCCAAGAAGUAAUGAUUGACUCCAUUCCGGCGCAUGUAAAGCAGCUGGAUAGGCUUGUCCGGGUCAGUGAUCGUUCAUGUAUAGACAAUUUGCGGAUGGAUAGAAACACGUUCGGUAGAUUAUGUCGAAUUCUUCGUGACCCGGCUGGAUUAAUAGACCAGAAAUGUGUCACGGUGGAGGAACAAGUUGCUAUAUUUUUGUCCAUCCUAGCUCAUCACAAAAAGACAAGGGUUGUGGGUCACGAUUUCAUGCGUUCUUCUGAAACAGUGUCUAAGUAUACACAUAUGGUGCUCCGUGGGGUGCUUACGUUGCAUGAGAUUAUGUUAGUGAAACCUAAUCCGGUUGGUGAUGAUUGCACGGACUCAAGAUGGAAGUGGUUUAAGGGUUGUCUAGGAGCUUUAGAUGGGACAUACAUACCCGUACGAGUACCCAUUGUUGACACACCACGUUAUCGUAAUAGAAAGGGGCAAGUGUCCACAAAUACACUUGCAGUAUGUGAUCGACAACUUCGGUUCGUGUAUGUGCUGCCAGGUUGGGAGGGUUCAGCUGGUGAUUCGCGAAUAUUACGCGAUGCAAUAAGCCGGCCUCUCGGGCUUAAAGUUCCCAAAGAUUGCUAUUAUCUCUGUGACAGUGCAUACGCCAACAGCGAGGGAUUCAUCACUCCAUACAAGGGCGUUCGUUACCAUUUGAAAGAGUGGGGUCAAGGAUCCCAAGCACCGCAAACAGCAAUUGAAUUGUUCAACUUGAAGCAUUCUAAAGCUCGUAAUGUGAUUGAGUGUUCUUUUGCAGUUUUGAAGAUGCGUUGGGGAAUACUUCGUAGUCCAAGCUUCUAUCCUAUAGAGGUCCAAACGGGAUUGAUCAUUGCGUGUUUCUUGCUCCACAAUUUUAUUCGCACUAACAUGGAGGUGGACCCGUAUGAUGAAUUGGUAGGAGUUGAGCUUCAAGAUGGGUACGGGAGUGAUCAUGAUGACCCCGUCUUGCCCACUAUCAAUACGGUCGCGCAAACCCCAAUGUGGACGAAGAAGAGGGACGACCUUGCUGCUGCAAUGUGGGCACAUAGGGCAAGCGUGUGAUCGAUGGGGGUGCGAUUAUUCAUCAGAUGACUCUGCACUUUAUAUUAAUGCAAUGAUAUGUGUAAUAACAUACUUUUUAACACACUUUGUUUGUUGUAAUGCGUAUUUGUUUUACAUCUUUAUAGUCA